CCCAGUCGGCAGUCUCCCAUCCUAUAUUCCUAUAUCAACUGAUGUGAUGACAUUCAUUCUCAACCCCAACCCCAACCCCCGUUAAAUUACGAACUUAUUACUGUUGAUCUCUGUGAUGUUCCAUCAUCUCUUCGGAUCAACAACUUCCUCACCCGCCAAAACCAACCGUCUUCAUCUACGUUUACUUCUUCUUCUUCUUCAACCCAAACGCUUGUCUCACAGCCAACCCAACAAAACCUCCUCCUCCUUACAGUCAGAAGACCCCCUUUUCAUUGCUCAACUCAUCCUCAACGACAACACUAAAGCCCUAGCCCUCACCCUAGAAAAAUGCAGCGGCGUCCAUUGGUCCACCCAUCUUGUCGACGCUGUCCUCAAACGCCUCUGGAACCACGGUCCCAAAGCCCUCCGGUUCUUCGAAUCUCUCGACCGCCACCCCACCUACCAACAUUCCACCUCCACCUUCGACUACGCCAUCGACAUCGCCGGCCGACUUCGAGACUACAAGACCCUUUGGACCCUCCUCUCCCGCAUGCGUCGCCGCCGCCUCGGUCCCACCCCCAAAACCUUCGCCAUUAUCACGGAGAGGUACGUUGCCGCCGGCAAGGCCGAUCGGUCUGUUAAGAUUUUCUUGUCGAUGCACGAGCAUGGUUGCCCUCAGGAUUUGUCCUCGUUCAAUAUGUUCCUCGAUGUCCUCUGCAAGUCCAAGAGGGUCGAGAUGGCUCACUCGCUCUUUAAGGUCUUCAACCGGAGGUUCAGAGCUGACACUAUCACUUAUAACAUAAUUGCGAACGGUUGGUGUUUGAUUAAGAGAACACCCAAGGCGUUGGAGACACUCAAGGAGAUGGUGGAGAGGGGAUUGACUCCUUCCCUGGCGACGUAUAACAUUUUGCUCAAAGGGUUUUUCAGGGCUGGGCAGCUUAAGGAAGCUUGGCAGUUCUUUACUCAGAUGAAGAAGAGAGGGUGUGAGCUUGAUGUGAUUACUUACACUACUGUAGUUCACGGGUUUGGCGUGGCGGGCGAGGUAGAGAAGGCUCGUAGAGUUUUCAGGGGAAUGAUUGGAGAGGGUUGUCUUCCUUCGGUUGCUACCUACAAUGCUUUGGUUCAAGUUCUGUGUAAGAAGGACAACGUCGAGAAUGCACUUGCGGUAUUCGACGAAAUGGCGAAGAAGGGUUAUGUACCCAAUGCAACAACUUAUACUGUGAUAAUUAGAGGACUAUGCCAUGCUGGGGAAAUGGAUAGGGCCAUGGAGUUCAUGGAAAGAAUGAAGGAUGAUGAUCAAUGCGAGCCCAAUGUACAGACGUACAAUGUUGUCAUCCGUUAUUUGUGUGAUGCUGGAGAGCUUGAGAAGGGUUUGGAUGUAUUCGGUAAGAUGGGCGGAGGGGCUUGCUUGCCGAAUUUGGAUACCUACAACAUCUUAAUAGGUGCCAUGUUUGUAAGGAAGAGAUCGGAUGAUUUGCUGGUAGCAGGGAGGCUAUUGAUGGAGAUGGUGGAUAAAGGAUUUAUUCCAAGAAAGUUCACUUUCAAUCGAGUCUUGAAUGGGCUUCUGCUCACUGGGAAUCAAGGCUUUGCAAAAGAGAUUCUGAGGGUGCAGAGCAGGCUCCGUCGUCUUCCUCGAGAAUUCAAGUUGUGAAGCUCAGAUAAGGGGCCCUGACAUCCCUUGUUGUAUGUUGAUGUAUAAACAUCGCUGAAUGAAACGUUUAAUUUAUAAAUUCUUUUAGUAAGGGGAAGUGAGAAUAAUGAAUUUCAGUUUGAGUUGGGAAUUGAUCAUUCUAAACUGUUUUUUUGUUAGAGCUGAUGAUUGCAAAGGCUUUGAAAAGCUAUGAUUCAAUUCAACGAAGACUUAUUUCA